UGUCAGAAUCCAGGAAGUUGGUUGCUCGCUGUUGUUUGUGUUCAGUGGCCGCAAAUCGUCCCUGUUUUUCUGAUUUAAAAUAUCGCUUUCACGGGCCGAAAUGGCGACGUUUAUUUCAGUCCCGUUAAAAAAGUCUUCUGAGGUGGACCUAGUGAAACCUCUGUCGAAAUUUGUCACAGCCUCAUACCCAGCGGCCGAGGAGCAGGGGGAGUAUAUCCGCGCCGUGGAGGAGUUGAACAAGCUCCGCAAGAACGCGCUGGGAAGGCCGCUGGACAAACACGAGAGCUCCCUGGAGAUCCUGCUCAGAUACUAUGACCAGCUGUGUGCUGUAGAGCCCAAGUUUCCCUUCUCUGAAAACCAGCUCUGCCUAACCUUCACAUGGAAGGACGCCUUUGAUAAAGGAUCACUUUUCGGUGGCUCAGUCAAGCUCACUUUGGCCAGUUUGGGCUACGAGAAGACGUGUGUGUUGUUCAACGCAGCAGCGCUGGCCAGCCAGAUCGCCUCCGAGCAGAACCUAGACAACGAUGAGGGCCUGAAGGCUGCAGCCAAAUACUAUCAGCUGGCCAGCGGAGCGUUUGGCCACAUCAAGGACACGGUGCUGUCAGCGCUGAACAGGGAGCCCACCAUGGACAUCUCCCCCGAGACUGUGGGUACCCUGAGCCUCAUCAUGCUGGCUCAGGCCCAGGAGGUCUUCUUCCUCAAAGCCACCUCAGAUAAGAUGAAAGAUGCUGUCAUCGCAAAGCUGGCCAAUCAGGCAGCAGAUUUCUAUGGCGACGCCUUCAAGCAGUGCCAGUACAAAGACAACCUUCCCAAGGAAGUGCUGCCGGUGCUGGCGGCCAAGCACUGCAUCAUGCAAGCCAACGCCGAGCUGCACCAGAGCAUCCUGGCCAAGCAGAAGAAGCGCUUUGGAGAGGAGAUCGCUCGCCUGCAGCACUCAGCAGAGCUGGUGAAGACGGUGGCAACUCGUUACGACGAAUAUGUGAGCGUCAAGGACCUGAGUGACAAGAUCAACCGAGCCCUCACCGCAGCCAAAAAAGACAAUGACUUUAUCUACCAUGACCGUGUGCCUGAGGUCAAGGAUCUGGAGCACAUCGGCAAGGCAGCGCUGGUCAAAGCGACCGCUAUCACACCUCCACUCAGCCAGAAAUUCACAGACUUGUUUGAGAAGAUGGUCCCCAUGGCAGUGCAGCAAUCCAUGAGCAUUUACAGCCAGAGGAAGUCCGAGACUGUAAACAGACUGGUGGGAUCGAUGAGAGAGGCCACUAAUCUCUGCAAUGGUGUGUUGGCAUCCCUAAACCUGCCAGCUGCUCUGGAGGACCUGUCAGGAGACUCAAUCCCUCAAUCCAUUGCUGAGAAGGCCCGAGCUGUUGUGCAGCUUGGAGGACUGCAGAGCAUCGAGCAGCUAAUUAAAGAUCUGCCUGAGCUUCUGACCCGCAACAGAGAGAUCUUGGACGAGUCUCUGAAGAUGCUGGAUGACGAAGAGACGACAGACAACGAGCUGAGAACUAAGUUUAACCAGCGCUGGAACAGAACUCCCUCUGGAGACCUCUACAAGCCCCUUCGUGCAGAGGGAGCCAACUUCCGCAACAUCUUGGACAAGGCAGUACAGGCGGACCAGGUGGUGAGGGAUCGCUACAACACCCACUGUGACAUGAUCGCCCUGCUGUGUAAACCAGAGAACGAGCUCAAUGCUGCCAUCCCCUCCGCCAACCCGACCAAGACACUGCAGGGCAGCGAGGUAGUGAAUGUGCUGCGCUCCCAGCUCACCCAGCUGGAUGAGAUAAAGAAGGAGAGGGAGGCCUUGGAGGGUGAAAUCAAAGCCGUGACCUUUGACAUGUCUACCGCCUUCCUGACGGCACUCGCCCAGGACGGGGCCAUCAAUGAGGAGCAGCUGUCGCUCGCACAGCUCGAUCAGUCGUACGGGAGGUACAACCAGAGGGUACAGGACAGCCUCCACAAGCAGGAAGAGCUGCUGGGACACGUUCAGACGUCCCACCAGGAGUUCAGCAGUCUGAAGCAGUCCAACACGGAGGCCAACCAGAGGGAGGAAGUCCUGAAGAAACUGGCUUCAGCCCAUGACAGCUACGUUGAGAUCAGCAACAACCUGCGCGAAGGCACCAAGUUCUACAACGACUUGACAGAAAUCCUACUUAAGUUCCAGAACAAAUGCAGCGACAUCGUUUUUGCUCGCAAGACAGAGCGGGAUGAACUACUUAAGGACCUGCAGCAGAGCAUCGCCCGAGAGCCCAGUGCUCCGACCUUCAACGUCCCCACCUAUCAGACCACCCCGGCUGCUCCCGCCGGUGGCCCCACCCCUGCACCCAGGACUGUCUUUACCCAGCAGCCUCAACAACCCCAGCAGCCCCAGGCAAAGCCCGCACCCCCAGCCAGGCCUCCUCCACCAACCUUCACCCCCCAAGCAGCCUCCACCACUCCCAAAUCCACACCCACUGGCCCUCCCAGCGGCAACCCACCACCUGUUGCCCCAUCACCUCAGGCUCAGGGCCCCCCUUACCCCAGCUAUCAAGGCUACCCAGGGUACUUCCAGAUGCCUGUGGGCUACAAUCCCUACGCUUACGGCCAGUACAACAUGCCAGUACAGCAUCCCUACAUGACCUAUCAGCAGACUCCAGGACAGGGUGGCUACCCAGCAGCCCCUCCUGCAGGACAGCACUACCCUGGCUACCCCCCGCAACCCCCUCAGCAGCAGCCCUACUACCCUCAGCAAUAACUCCUCUCCCUCCAUCCCCUCAUUCCUCCCCUCACCAGUUAACACCAAAUGAAAAAAAUCCCCCCAGCAAUAACACUUUAUCACCAUUAGGUCCCUCCCCUCUCAGCGUUUGUUUUCUCUCACUAACAGCAGCUACAGAGACCCAAGUCAAGGGCGACUCUGGAGCUGCUUUGCACUUCUCUUUGAAUCCCCUUAUUCGUUUCUCCUUUUCAUUUCGCCCUCCCUUUUUCUGUCUUGGGUCAUGUUUUCUGGGCUCUGAUAGCACUUUUCUUAAACUAUCUCAACUUGCAUCAAUGCACUAACCCCCUCUUUUGUUUUUUCUUUUUUUUGGUUUUUUCAUACUCAUUUUCUAAUGGUUAAUUGUUUAAUUUAAACCCUAACUGGUUUUCACUGAUAACUGACUGUCUGGGCUGGACUGCUGUACAACACUCACGGAGGCGCACAGAAUCCAAGGAUGGCUCUUCGUUUCCUGGUUUGGGUGUUGUGUGUUGGGUGGGCGGAUGGGUGGUCUCUGCUACACUCAUGGGAGGGCACAGCCACAUCCUCAACCCCCCACCCACUCAAUCAACUCCCAGUGCUUCUAUAUCAACGAUAUUCUUAUUUUUGUAACGAAUACUGAUGCCUCGCUGAUGUAUAAACCUAUACAAAUGGAUGGCCUGUAGGUUUUCUAAUGUAGAUGAAGACUGUUGAGAGUUCUGCUCUCUUUUUCUUUCACUCUUUUCUCUCUCUCUCUCUCUCUCUCUCUGUCUCGCACCCAGGGAAUGUUGGUAUAUUUCUGUGUUACAAUCAGAGGCUAUACAAGCGGCAAUUAUAUAAAUAUAUGUAUAAAUAUGUGGUUAACCGAGACACUCUGCGUGCUGCGCUCUCAUGCUCUUUGUGUUUAUUUUUAUUCCUCAGCUCUAAUGUGAUUAAAAACAUCAACCGCCA